AUGGCGCUGGAGCAGGCGGGCAGCGGGCAAGCAUGGCGCUGGAGCAGGCGGGCAGCGGUAGAGAAAAGUGGGCUGUGGCCACGCGAGGCUCCGCGGCUGAGCCGUGCUGCUCCUCCUGACGGCAGGGGGCGCUGUGGGGCGGGACGACGGCCGCGUUCCCGGGCGACGGGGCCCAGCGGUGGCUUUGGGGCGAUUGGGAGCGGCGACCCGGGGUCGGUGCGGAGCGAGUGCCCGCUUUGUCGCCCAGGAACGCGGGCGUCGCCGGAGCCAAGGCUCAGGCUAGGCGCGUCCGCGCUGGCCAUGGCCGGACCCGCUCGGUUCCCGCUGACUUUUGAGGAUGUAGCCAUUUUCUUCUCUGAGCAGGAGUGGCAGCACUUAGAGGUGUGGCAGAAGGAACUUUACAAGCAAGUCAUGAGAACCAAUUAUGAGACUCUUGUCUCUCUAGAUAAUGGAUUGCCCAAACCAGAACUGAUAUCCUGGAUUGAACUUGGCAGAGAGCUCUUCUGCAGCUGGGGAGACAACCAGACACUAGACAAAGGAAUUCGCUGCGCUAAGGACGGUGUGCAGGUUCAUCCAGUUACUGAGGAACAGUCCCUGCAGAGUAGCCAGCAAGCUGUGACAUCAAGAGCAAUCACAUGCCGUUCCCAAGCAGAUCCUCUUCAGGGUCAGCAUUCCUUUGGACUUGCUUUAGGAGAAAGGGAAGAUGUUUCCCUCAGCCGUGAUCGAGGCAUCAGUCUGGUAAACUCACAAAUGCACUGUGGCGAGGCUUUGGUUUCAGUGGCACGUAGCUCCAGUGAGGCUGCUCAAGGAAAAGGACUCUCAAGUCACAGAGCUCUGAGUCUCCCUGGCUUGCAGAACGUUUCCUCUCGGCAGAGUACCCAGCACUCUUGUCCAGUCUGUGGGGAAAACUCUUGGGAGAAGAAUCACUUAGUGAAGCAACCGAAGGGCCACUCCAAGGGCCUGUCAUGUAGGGUCUGGAAGAGGUUCAGCAGACAGGCUGAUGCUAAACAGCAGCGGAGCAUCUCAUGUCCCGAACGUGGGAAGACCUCUCUGAAGCAGUACUUGGCAAGACAUUUAGGUAUCCAUACAAGGAAGACACCACCCCAGUGCCCUAAAUGCAAAAUGUGCUUCCAUCAGGAGCAUACCCUUUCCAGCAACGACCUCAAGCACAGUUCUUCCCAGCCCCCCAAAUGUGACACGAGCUUCCUGACAGAUAGCAGUGUUCACCCGGGCCAGCAGAUUCAAGAGAGGCCAGCCUCCUGGAGAGAAGACACCAUUGCACCCUCAAGACAGAAGCCAGGCCCCAGUCUGGACUCUGAGGACUGCUGCCACAUGGGUAGCAAGCUGAAGGGCCUGCAGCGCGGCUGCAUCCUAGGCCAGGACAGACCCUGCUCAUGCACAGAGUGUGGCAAUUGCUUCCUCUCACGGUCUAAGCAGGCAGGUCUCUGCAGGGCACACGCGGGUGAAAAAUCCUUCCAGUGUCCAGAAAGCAACAAGCGCCUCUGCCUGAGAGGCCUGCAGAACGGCCAUCGACAUGUGUGGAGUGGAGAAAGACCAUUCUUCUGUAGAAAGUGUGGUCAGGGAUUCACCAAACAUUGCAGACUCACAGAACACACACGAAUCCUCAGCGGGGAGAAAUCUUUCUGGUGUGCCCAGUGUGGAAGGAACUUCAGCCAACAGGGACAGCUGAGGCACCAGCGGCUUCACCUGGAGGAAAAACCCUUUCAAUGCACAAUGUGUGAGUUGCGCUUCCAUCUGAAGAGCAGGCUGAGGGCCCACCAACUUCAACACGGUGGAGAAAGGCCAUUCUCCUGCGGUGAGUGUGGCCGAGGCUUCACCCAUCAGUGCAAGCUCAGGGAGCACUUGAGAGUGCACAGCGGAGAGAGGCCCUUCCAGUGUCCCGAGUGCCACAAGAGCUUCCGCCUAAAAGGCGUCCUGAAGGCCCAUCAGCGCACCCACAGUAAGGAGAGGCCAUUCUCUUGCGGGGAAUGUGGCAAGGGCUUUACUAGACAGUCAAAGCUCACAGAGCACUUCCGUGUCCACAGUGGAGAGAGGCCCUUCCAGUGUCCCGAGUGUGACAGGAGCUUCCGCCUAAAGGGGCAGCUGCUUAGCCAUCGGCGCCUACACACAGGAGAGAGACCCUUCCAGUGCCCGGAGUGUGGCAAGAGCUAUCGUGUGAAGGCCGACAUGAAGGCGCACCAGCUGCUGCACGGCGGGAGGAUGCCCUUCUCUUGCCAGUGUGGGAAGGGCUUUGCCAAACAGUGUAAACUCGUGGAGCAUAUGAGGACACAUACAGGAGAGAAGCCAUUUCAGUGUCCCAAGUGUGACAAGCGCUUCCGAUUGAAGGCUCAGCUGCUCAGCCACCAGGGCCUGCACACAGGCGAGAGACCUUUCCGCUGCCCGGAAUGUGAUAAAAACUUCCGGGAAAGGGGUCACAUGCUCCGACACCAGCGCAUCCACAGGCCUGAGAGGCCCUUUGCCUGCGGCGACUGUGGGAAGGGCUUCAUUUACAAAUCCAAACUAGCUGAGCACAUCCGAGUACACACAAAAUCCUGUCCGGUUCCACGUGAGCCCGACAUGAAGAAGAGGCUUAGCCAACUGUUUGCAAUGAUAGAGGCUGACUGGAGUUGAGGUAGGCGCAUGUCAGCUCGAAGAGCAAAGCUUGAUUGCAGGGCAGCCUGAGGAGCCGUGGCUAAGCCUGCUGGGAAGCAGGUUUUAGGAACAGGGGUUCUACUCAUCCAAAAUAUAAAUUCAAAAUGGGAAACUAUGAAGGAUUUUCUCUUCUGGAAUCCCACCAAUUAUAUCCUCUCCCUUGGUAAAAAGAGGUAUUUGUUCUUCCUACCACGUUAGGUGCAUUUCACCCAAAAGCAGUUAGUUCAAAAGCCCCAUCUUAAACCAGAAGGAAAUUCCUCCAGUAUCACUGUCAAAGCUACAAAGGGGUGUGUGUGUGUGUGUCUAUUUAAUAUCAGCUCUUCUCUUUUGUUCUUUCCAAAGUAUAAUUUGGCUAAAUACAGUGAAUUUUAUUUCUGUUG